AUGGCUUCGAUUAACUUCAUUUCAUCGUGUUGUUUGUACGUGUUCAUCUUAUCUUCUUCAUUUAGUUUGCUUAUACAAGCGACGGAGGAGUCCAGCAGCGAUACAAACUGGUGGUGCCAAACAACUCCUCAUCCUAACCAAUGCAACUACUUUCUGGGUCGGGGUCGUGGUCACCAUACUCCACCGAAACACCGGGCCGAUUUUCGAAUGCGGGUUUUACAGGCGGCGAUCGAUAACGCUAACGAGGCUCAGGGAUGUGCAAAAAACCUCGGGAAGAUGUGUUCAACCACCGUGACGAAAGCUGUAUGGAAUGACUGUUACCACCUUCUCAAUAACACUAUUUCCCAACUCAACCAAACGGUAAUCGGCCUGAAAAACAACCGGAGCUCUGACUUCGACGCCCAGACGUGGCUGAGCGCCGCCCUGACAAACCUCCAGACUUGUUUUACCGGUUGCGUUGAACUGAACGUGACUGACUUUGUAACUCCGAUCAGGUCGAGUAACUUGACAGAGAUGAUAAGCAACAGUCUGGCCAUAAAUCACUUGUUCUUGAAGCAAAAAUCGAGUUCCGAUCAAACAGAUGAUUUCCCGGGUUGGGUAACACGCCAUGACCGGAGACUGCUGACGACAGCGACAAUCCAGUCAAUUGCGAACGUGACGGUGUCUAAAGCGGCGGGGAGUAGGUUUCCCACCAUUCAAUCGGCGCUUGAUUAUGCUGAAAGUAUCGAUCGUCUGAAUCAGAGAUUUAUAAUCUACAUAAAAUCAGGCGUAUAUAGUGAAAACAUUCUGAUUGGAAGCGAUUUGAAUAACAUCAUGUUUGUGGGUGAUGGAAUCAGAUACACCAUUAUCAGCGGUAACCGGAGCGUCGCCGGAGGUUCCACAACUUAUAGCUCAGCAACCGUCGGAGUGGAUGGGUCUAGAUUCCUUGCACGUGGCCUAACAAUUAGAAACACCGCCGGCCCUGAAGGAGCUCAGGCGGUGGCACUCCGAUCAGCCUCCGAUCUCUCCGUCUUCUACGCUUGUAGCAUCGAAGGAUAUCAAGACACUCUGUUCACCGUCUCCCAAAGACAAUUCUACAAACUCUGCUACAUCUCCGGCACUGUAGAUUUCAUAUUCGGUAACGCCGCUGUUGUGCUCCAAAACUGCGUAAUCUUGGUCAGAAAACCCUUACACGGUCAAGCAAACAUGAUCACCGCCCAAGGCCGUGGCGAUCCAUUUCAAAACACCGGAAUUUCAAUCCACAACUGCCGCGUGGUUCCGGCUCCAGACCUGAUUCCGGUGGUGGGUUCCGUUCAAACCUACUUAGGUCGGCCAUGGCAAGAAUAUUCUAGAACUGUUUUCUUGAAAACAUAUAUGGAUAGUUUUAUCAAUCCGAAAGGGUGGUCCCCAUGGGGGAAUACUGAUUUUGCUUUUAGCACGUUGUAUUACGGUGAAUACAGUUGUUUUGGUAGUGGGGCCGCCUUAGAAAACCGUGUGAACUGGACCGGAUACCAUGCGCAAAUGAGUUUGAGUGAAGCUUACGACUUCACGGUCCAAGGACUUAUAGCUGGGAGACAAUGGUUGCCCGCCACCGGUGUGUCGUUUACUGCUGGAAUGUGA